AUGAGACUUGCCAGCACCGCCCCUGCACUACUCCAGCUGCUGGUGACGACUGCAACGGCGCUCCAACCCUCCCAGUCUCCCACCAAGCACCGUCUUUCAAGGAGGAUUCUAGAACCACCUGAUAUUUCUGAUUUUGAGCGUAAGGGGAUUGUACCAAAGGACUUAAAGACUGCUUCUGCUUCUCCCGCCCCUGGUCUGGCUAAUCGUACCAGUGAAAGUCGGCACAAGGCUUCCCAGUCUCUGCAGCAGGGUGGGGUGGAGGCGAGACGAGGCGCGCGGUUCUUCAGGCACGAGGAGCGAGGGCGGGACGGGCGUGUCAAGGGAACGUACGGCUUCGUGGACGCCGACAACGCCCUGCACGUAGUGGUGUACACGACGGACGCCCUGGGCCACAGGAUCAGAACGGAGACUCACGAAAUCGAAGGAUACGGCCACAUCCUUUCUGACAUCCUGCAGGAAGGCGUGUCCACAGCACAGGUGAAGGAGGAGGUGCAUCGAAUCCUGAAGGAGAGGAAGUCCUACACAUCCUCUGCUCCCUCAACCCAAAAAUCCUUCAGUCCCUCCACGACACAAGAGCUGAAGAGUCCUGAGGCAUCCUUUUCUACAUCAUUUGUCUCGUCUUCUACUUCAGUGACCUCGAAGUCCCCAAGAACCUUCCCGGUAUCCUUCAGUCCUGCCCUUGAGUCCUCUACGUCAGCGUCUUCCAAGUCUUCGGUAUCCUUUCCAGUAUCCUUCAGUCCUGCCCUUGAGUCCUCUAGUGUCUCUUCAGUGACCUCGAAGUCUUCCAUACCCUUCCCAAUAUCCUUCAGUCCUGCCCUUGAGUCCUCGUCUACUUCAGCGACUUCCAAGUCCCCAAGAUCCUUCCCAGUAUCCUUCAGUCCUUUGCUUGAGUCCUCCAGCCCCUUGCCAGCGUCCUCCUCGGGGAUUCCUGUGCUGACCACGCCCUUGCCUCCCGUCACCACUGCAGGAUACCGGAGAUCCACGAGACAGACUCCUACGGAACAUGAAUCCUUUAUUGAGAAUGUGAACUUGCCCUCGCCUUCCUCCUCCUCCUCCUCCUCCUCCUCCUCCUCCGGCGCCACUAUCAGGAGGCUCCUUCCCCUCCGCUACGAUGACGCUUCAGGAGGUUGGGUCAUCCUUCCCGCAGCCUCCAAUGAUGUGCGCGUGUUGCCUCCUGCCGAUGUUGUCACCUACCCCCCGUCAUCACCUCCAGACGCAGACAACACGUCAGAUGGCACCACAUUCCCCCCACCGCCUACCUUCCCCACCACGCCGCCCGCCGGGUAUUCCAACUCGAUUCCAGGACUCUCCCCGUCCCGCCCUUCCUUCUUCAGUUAUUCCACCGCAAGCUACAACACUCUACGCUCGAGAACUCCCUCUUCAAGCUCCUCCCUCUCCUCCCAGGCCACUUCACCCUUCUCUCUCUCCCUCAGCAUCCCUCUGAAGGACACCCUCUCGUCGCAGGAGCAGAAGGAACUUUUUGAUUACCUGCAAAAGACUCUGAGACGUGGUGGCGAGGGGCAGUUAGGAGAGGGAGUCCUUAGCAAGCUUGCCCUGCAGGAUACGGCUUCCUCUCUCCCCAGCAGCGCCCGUCAGCAGUCACAGGGUGUUGUAAGGGAGGUUCUUUCAGCCACCCCCGUCGUCAGCGCCCCCGUCGUAAGCACUAUUGACGGGGGUAUCGUUGACGGAGGCACGAUACACGGCGGGAUCAUCAACGCAGAGGCCUUGCAGGGAAUCAUUGAUCUAGGGUUGCUGAAGGGCGGCACAGGCGUCAUUCUAACUAACAACGCUUUCUUGACUGACGGAGGUGCUGACGGAGGUAACCUAUCCCUUCAGAAACUGCAAAUCAAACGUCCUGCGCAGGAAUCCUCAGCGCAGAGAAGCUUGUCAAAUGGCGGCACAGGUGUCACUCUAAUCAACAACGCUUUCACAACUGACGGAGGCGCUGACGGAGGUAACUCGGCCCUUCAGAAACUCCAAAUCAAAAGUCGUGCGCAGGAAUCCUCAGUGCAGGGCGCCUCUGGAGGAUUCCAAGGACUUCCCCGGCAGGAUACGGUGAAGGGCGUCAGGCUAGGGGAGGUCCUGCACUACAUACCGUCCCCUGAUUUGUCCACCGGGAGGCCUCGACAGGUGGGCAGCCGCGCCUCCCAAGACACCCACGACACCCCACGCCCACGCCCGCAGCCUGAAGGGAAGAGUGAUCCCCAGCUCUCCUCAGCCCUCACCUCCCAGCUCGCACCAACCCAGCCCUCCUUCCAAGCCCCCUCCCGCGGCCCCAGCCCCGCCCCAAGCCCCGCCCCAAGCCCCGCCUCCCUCAGCAGUUCGCCGCACCGCACGUUCGGUUUUGGCGGAACACAUGAAAGUAAAAGUAGUAAAAGUAAUGGAGUUAUUAGUAGUAGCAGCAAUAACAAUAACAGUGGCAAUAACAGAAACAGCAAUUUCAUCAUUAGCAGCAGCAGCAGCAACAACAACAACAACAACAACAACAACAACAACAACAACUUCAACAACAACAACAACAACAACAACAACUUCAACAACAACAACAACAACAACAACAACAACAACAACAACAACUUCAACAACAACAACAACUUCAACAACAACAACAACAACAACAACAACAACAACAACAACAACAACAACAACUUCAACAACAACAACUUCAAUAACAACAAAUUCAACAACAACAACAACAACAACAACAACAACAACAACUUCAACAACAACAACUUCAAUAACAACAAAUUCAACAACAACAACAACAACAACAACAACAACAACAACAACAACAACAACAACAACAAUAACAACAAGAUUUUCAACAAUAAAAUUAAGACCAACGCCAUUCUUAGCAACAACAACAACAAUAAUCAUCAUAACAACAACAACAACAGCAACAACAACAACAACAACAACAACAACAAUCACCACCACCACAACAACAACAACAAUAACAACAACAACAACAACAACAACAACCUCACCCCACCCUUCUCACCACCCCUUGUCCCCAACCCACCACGCCUUCCCCAACGCUCCUCGGUCUUCAUACAAUCCAACGGGCUCACCUCCACCCCCACCAACCCCAGCACGCCCCCCAGAGCUCCCCAGCACUCGAGGACCCUCCCAUCACGCCCCCUUCAGGAGUCCCAUCGAAGUCCUAACCAGUUCUCAUCCUCACGCCCCUCUUCUCCUUCGCCUCCUUCAGGAUUCGUAGGACAGAAAGAAAGAAUUUUAGGGACUUUUGAAUCUAAGAGGCCUCCUCCUCCUCCUCCUCCUUUUGUUACUCCUCCUCCUCCUCUUCCUUCUCCUCCUCCUCUCCCUCGUGCCUUGAGUACUUCCGUCACACCUCCUCCUGUCCCACCUUCGCGUCCUUCUUCUCCUCGUCCUCCUAGUCCUCGUUCUCUUUCUUCUCCUCCUCCUCCUCCUCCUCGUCCUACUCUUCGUCCUCCUCCUCCUCCUCCUCCUCGUCCUCCUCCUCCUAGGCCUCCUCCUUCUUCUCGUCCUACUCUUCGCCCUCCUCCUUCUCGUCCUCCUUCUCGUCUUCCUUCUCCCCGUCCUCCUUCUCACCUUCGUUCCUCUCCUUCUCCUCGUCCUCCUAUUUCUCCUCGUCCUUCUCCUUCUCCUCGUCCUCCUAUUUCUCCUCGUCCUCCUCCUUCUCCUCGUCCUCCGCCUCCUUCUCCUCGUUCUCAUCCUUCUAUUCAGUCUCAUUCUCGUUCUUCUCCUCCUCCUCCUCCUCCUCCUCCUCCUCCUCGUUCUCAUCCUUCUUCUCUUCAAUUUCGUUCUCGUUCUUCUUCUCCUCUUCCUUCUCCUUCUUCUCCUCGCCCUUCUCCCUCUCCUCCUCGGCUCAACACACUCAUCCCUUCAGCCUCACCGCCUCCCUCACUCAGAUCCCACCCCCCUCACUCACUCGCGUCAUCACCACCACCACCACCACCACUGCACAUCACGACCCACGGACCACCACGCCCCUUCACCCUCACCACCACUCCCUCACGUGGCUCCUUCUCUUUCUUCGCGUUGCACCCUACCACUCUCUCUCCACUCCACCUCUCCCUUGAAACUCCACCCUUCCACUCCUCUCCCCCACCCACUGUCACCAUCUUGCCACACCACGGAAGGCUCCUCCCAUUUGAGUCUCUCCCUCCGUCAGUAUCUCCUGAAGAAGUUGAACCGAAGUUACAUGAAGGGCCUCCUCUUAUCCCAACGCCAUUCGAUCGCCACUUCCGCACCUUCGGGAGACUCAGGUUGUAGUUAGAGUCGUUUGUGCGCCGUCGGGAGUGUAAAUUUAGUCUUUAAUGUCAGAUAGGGGAUGGUGGAAGGAGUGGGGUGUGUGUAGUAGUGUGUGUGUGUGUGUGUGUGUGUGUGUGGUAGUGUGUGUGUUAUCAUGUGUGUGUGUGUGUGUGUGUGGUAGUGUGUGUGUUUUAACUUAUUUGAAUAUUUUCAUUUGAGUCUCUUUUAACUCUUUCACUGCCAGAUAAGUAUUAUUUUUUUUUUUUUUGCUACUUACUACUUUUAUUUUUGUACUGUAGUCUUUUAAAUAGUUAUAUAUGUACACAAUAUUAAGUCAUCCUCUCUUUCUUUCUUUCUCUAAAUCUCUUUAUCACUUGCAAUACCAGAUAACUAUUUUCUCCAUAAAAACCUAUGACUUUUCUAGACACCUAUUUUUGUACCAGUCUCGUAAAUAGUUAUACAGAAAAGAUUAACUUAUUCUCUCCCGUUUCUUUUCCUGUGUCGAUGCAUUUCUUACAGCGGUGUGAGUGUGAAGGAAGAACCGCAGCAGUGAGAAGGUGAAGGCGUGUGGGAGUGGGAGUGCCUUGUGUGCUCGUGUCAGUAAUAAAAUAGAAGUAUUAAUCAGACACCCAUUCUUACCUGUCAUUGAGAUUCAGACAUUACCAGAUGCUCAAAUUGUCUUUAACGCACUUUUCUAUGUGUUAUCAUUUAUCUUCUUGUCCUUUGUUAUAUCUGCAUGUGUAUUCCUGUUUGGUAUGUAGAAAUAUUAGUCAGACAACCAUUCUUACCUGUUGAUAAGAUUCAGAAGACAUUACCAGGUGCUCAGAUUGUCUUUACGAGUAACAAACCUCUUUUCCUAUGUGCUCUUGUCCAUCUUGUAUAUAUAUUUCCACAUAUAUUCCUAUUUCCUUUGUAGAAGUACUAAUCAAACACUCAUCCCUACCUGUUA